CGCCGAUCACAUGAUCCAGAAUAUAUGUCAGGGACUACAUUCUGUUCUUGUUUGCUAGUUGCCUACUAGUUUAGCACGCUCCUACAUCUGCACUUGCUGCUUCAACCUCCUUAACACAGACCGAACACGGACCAUGGCUGGCGAGGCAUUCGUGACGCUGGCCACCAACGACAACUAUGCCAAAGGUGCAAUGGUUCUUGGCAGGUCACUGCGCAACCACAACACAACCAAGAAGCUGGUUGCCCUGAUAGGACUACAAGUAGCAGAGCCCUGCCGCACUGUGCUGAGUUCGCUCUAUGACGAGGUGUGUGUGGUGGACAUUCUGGAUUCGGGCGAUGCCGCUCACCUGGCCAUGAUGAAGAGGCCUGACCUGGGUGUGACCUUCACCAAGCUGCACUGCUGGACCCUGACGCGCUACAGCAAGUGUGUGUUCAUGGAUGCUGACACUAUGGUGUUGUCGAACAUUGAUGAGCUGUUUGAUAGGGAGGAACUGUCGGCAGCGCCUGACCCUGGUUGGCCGGACUGCUUCAACUCCGGAGUGUUUGUGUUUAAACCGUCCAAUGAAACCUACAACAAGCUACUCGCCCUCUGCACGGAGACCGGCAGCUUUGACGGUGGAGACCAGGGGGUUCUCAACAGCUACUUCAACACCUGGGCGACAGCAGACAUCUCCAAACACCUUCCGUUCAUCUACAACCUCAGCAGCAUCGCCAUUUACUCCUAUCUACCGGCCUUCAAACAGUACGGGCGUGACGCCAAGGUGGUCCACUUUCUGGGGAAAAUGAAGCCGUGGAACUACUCAUACAACCCCCAGAGUGGCCAGGUCAAAGGUCAUUCUCUGCCCUCUGACCUCCGCCAGGUGCACCCUGAUUACCUGACCUUGUGGUGGGAACUUUAUACCAACUAUGUGCUGCCUGCGCUACGACAGGCCUAUGGCCAAACUGCCUUCAAUACCGGCUGCGUUGAGGAGGAGGUGUCAGUGGCAGCGGGGGAGCUUUCGGCUCCUGCUCCCCCUCAUCCCCCCCAAGUCUCAUCUGAGGAGAGGAAGCAGAGAUGGGAGGCAGGCCAGGCUGACUACAUGGGCGCAGACUCAUUUGACAACAUUGAGCGCAAACUGGACUCCUUCCUCAAGUAGAAGAAGUCGGGGGCGGGGCAGCAGAUGGAGAGAGCACCAAUCCAAGGCCAGAGACAGCUUAGCGAGGGGUGGGAUCUACAGUCUCUCGACCCAAUCAGAAGAGGGAACAGAAAUGGGUUGUGUAUUACAUUGCCGCAGUGCAUCCUGGACCUUAACGCUGUUUCUUGUAUGUGUGUAUGCAUGUGUGGCCGAGAAUGUCACUGGUCCAAACCUCCGUCUUAAGCCCUACAGCAUCUGCAGGUCUGACUGAAGCAGUCUAGCUGGCUUUUAGCGAGUCUUCCUGUGAAUAACCUCAACUUCCACAUUUACCACCCCCCAAUAACCCUAAAAGUGUUCGACGUGCUCACAGGUCCAGCCACUGUGAUUAUGCUGCUCAUUGACCUGUCACCUGUCUCACCACCACUGUUACUCCAGUGUUCACCUGUCUCACCACCACUGUUACUCCAGUGUUCACCUGUCUCAUCACCUUUGUGACCCAGAUACCGUGGCAGACAAUGUAUCCAUGUUCUAAUAUUAAGGAAAGCACCUGCGUGGGUCAGCGAGUUUCAGUCCAAGCUUGGAUGAAUUGUUCUGCUGGUAUGAGCUAAUUUAAUAUGUAUGUUUGUGAUUCAUUUCCUAGCAAAUUGUACUGUAAAAAAUUUGUUUGUGUAAUUGUGUUCCAGCAUGUAAAUUUGUGUGCACUGAAAGCCCAUUAACUGUCCUGACUUUUUCCCCCACUUGCUGUGACAAGCUCUUUUUUAGAGAUCAGUUGCCUUACCUUCAUUGUUUACAGAACCUCCCUCGCCUCCAACAAUAAAUGCCAAUCUCUUCUGAAGCUCACCCUACCCUUAGCUGUCGAACCCUGCCCCUGUGCUCCACUCAGCCUGUCCCAGUGCCACGACUCUGAGGUUGGUUUCCCUCUGAGGGUUGAAGUGUUGACUGAAGGGUUAAAAGCCAUCAGACAAAGGUAACGGGGAGCGGCAGAGUUGUUGGAGACCUUUAGUCUCAGAACAUAGGGUGCCUCACACCUCUGAAGAUGUGACUUCCCAGCAGGUCUUCUGUAAAAACUAAUAAAAUACUAAAGAGA